AGUGGCCCACAAUUAUUUUUGUUAUUAGAAUUGGCUCCUAACAGAGGUGCAUUCGAAACCCACUUUUGACUUUGGUGUGCCGUAAAAAGUUUAUCCCCAUGCACCACAAAACUCGCCAAUUUUCUGCAGAACCAAGCCUUAUGUUGCUAAUGAAAAGGAACUUGAACUGUUGAACAAACUUAUCACAUCAAAUAAGUAAAAGGAAGAAACAUGGUAUACCUAAUCUUAUGAGCCAUGCUGAGGGCUCCCCCACAGUUCACACCUUCAGGCUCCAGAAACUGGUGCGCUCUUACGGCUUGGCUGUCCCAGAGCAACCUGCCACAGAAAGAAAACGACACUGUCACAUGGCAUGUCUGUGGGUUGACCCGUGCAGGUUUUCUGGACGCUCUCGACAUGGUGACGCCGCUAUGUAUGAUCCGGUGGCAUGCACAUCGGAGCGGACGGAGCCAGUGUGCGGGAGGGAAUGGUUCGUCGUUGGCUGCGGCAUUACAGCGAACACCUGGUACGCAUCGCCGGUCAGGUAGACUCCGAUGGCCGUGGAUGCGAGAGGCCGUCAGGCCGCGGCGGUGUAAGAUGGCGGUGGUGACCCGCGCAGGGCCGAAACGACGCGGCGGCGGCAGGUUGGUACCGGCGCCGGCGAGCCGAGCAUCUCAACAACGGGAUGGGUAAAGCCCAUUUGGCUUUUACUGCGUCCCGUCAAAAGCUCCCCGGCAGCCAAGCUUAGCAAAGAGCCAAAGACAGGGACAGUUUUAACCCUCGUCUUCUUCCUAUCCACCUCGUGCCCUUUCCCCUCCUCCAUUUCCCUCCCCCUCUGCAAAUCUAAUCUGCAAUGCCGGCCGAGCAACAAGGAAGCGGAAGAUUUUGAAUUCUGGAGCUGGUGGUCUGCAUUGCUAUCUCGGAGAUUCGGCUGCUCAAUGGGGGGUGAGAUGCCAGCGCCGCUGCUUCUCCCCUUCCUCCUCCUGCUGCUGCUAGCGCCAGCUCCAGCUCCCUCCGCCGCCGCCGCCGCCUCCUCUUCCUUCGCCCUCAACUUCUUCCCCGCCGCCGCCGCCCAGCUCGCGCUCUCCGGCGGCGCCAAUGCCACCGCCGCCGCGGUCUCCAUGGCCUCCCCGGGCGCGCGCGUCCAGUACAGGGCCCCCAUCGUCUUCCCCUCCGCCGCGGGGGGGCUCGCCUUCUCCACCUACUUCGCCUUCGCCCUCCCGCCGUCCGCCGCCUCGUCCCUCGCCUUCUUCCUCGCGCCCUCCGCGGCCGCCGCCCGCUCGCCCCCCGCCCUCGCCGUCGUCUUCUCCGCGCGCCACGUCCGCGUCGACCUCGCCGGCCGCGCCGCACCCCACGGCCAGGCCCGCUACUCCCCCGCCCGGAGCCGGACCCGGAGCCUCCUCCACGCCUGGAUAGACUACAACGCCACCUCCGCCACGCUCCGCGUCCGCGUCUCCGCCGCGCGCGUCCGCCCGAGCCCGCCGCUGCUCUCCUGCCCGCUCGAUCUGUCCCCCGUCCUCCGGAGCGGGCCUGUCCUCGCCGGCUUCCGGACGCCCUCCGGCAACUGUACCCUGUUCAGCUGGGCGUUCCACGCCGCUCCCUACAGGAUGCACUCCCAACCGCUCAACCCCACCGACCUGCUCACCACGCCGCCGCGGCCGCCGCCGCCAGAGCGCCGCUACAGCCCCUGGGGGGCCGCCGUGUCCCUGCUGUUCGCGGCCGCGUGCGGCGCCAUGGUCACAUUCUUCGUGCUCUUCCUCUGGUACUCCGUGGCGGCGCGCCGGCCCGUCGCGCCGGUGGAGUACCCCAUGCACACCUCCGACGUCGUCUACCAGAAGAUUGUGCUCGUCGGAGUCAAGGAUGACGCUGCUACCGCCGACGAUGAUGGCCAUCCGCCGCCCGUCGUGGCUAACGAGUAGAGUCGACGAUGCUCUCCUUCUCGUCCUCCUCCCAUGUACCAGACUGACCUUGUGGCUUUGUUUCAGUUCAAUUCAGGUUGCUGCUGCCUUUGCGAUUGUCUUGUAAAUUACUGUAGUACUCCUACCAUCAGUGAGACCGCGGUGGAAACUGCAGAUUUUGCCAUCAAACAAGCGCAAGCUCUGCACUUUCCACCCAAAUCUAGUUUGAAGCUCCUCAUGUUUCAGUUCGACGGUUCCUAAUCAAGUUGUAAGUUUGUAACACCACUGCUAGUUUGCUACUACUGUAUUGUUUCAGUUCGACGGUUCCUAAUCAAGUCGUAAGUUUGUAACACCACUGCUACUACUGUAUUGUUUCAGUUUGACGGUUCCUAAUCAAGUUGUAAGUUGUUUUUUGAACAAAAGUUUUAAGUUGUGACACCACUGCUA